CAACAUCUACCUGUCUUCUGAAUAAGUUGAUGUGGAAUUGCGGUGAAAGUCCUAUAUGUGAGCAGUCUUACGAAACUGUCCGAAGAAGAGAGACGUGUAAUGAUUCUAUUGACCACGACUGGUGAAACCUGAGUGAAAAAUCGUCCAUAGGUGGUGGGAUUGAUGUGAACCCUUUACAUUCAUGUUAGUUCCAGUUACUCCAAGUGUAAAAUUUAUAAUUCAGGAUUCUAAUCCCGAAAAAAAGGUUCCUCUUCUUUCCCAGUUAGACCAAUUGGCAAAAAUGUUCAACGGCGGCUGCGAAAUCCUCCAACCCACAUCCAUACAAACGCUAGAAAGCAGCCCCAGAGCAAAGCACGACGCCUAUGUGAAGAUCAUAGAACAACCUGCGCCGAAGGCCCUCCGUUUCCGGUAUCUGUGCGAGGGCCGAUCCGCAGGUUCGAUACCGGGAAUAUCGAGCACCCCGGAAAACAAGACGUUCCCAGCGAUCCAAGUGGUAGGAUAUCAAGGAAGAGCAGUUGUGGUUGUCUCUUGCGUUACGAAAGAUCAACCUUAUAGACCUCACCCACACAAUCUGGUAGGCCGUGAGGGAUGCAAACGUGGAGUAUGCACCUUAGAGAUUCCAACAGAAACCAUGUCGAUUCAAUUCUGCAACUUGGGCAUACAGUGCGUUAAAAAGAAGGAGAUUGAAUCAGCCUUACGACUCAGAGAAGAAAUAAGGGUGGAUCCCUUCAGAACUGGGUUCAGUCACAGGAAUCAACCAACCUCAAUCGACCUCAACUCAGUGAGAUUAUGCUUCCAAGUCUUUCUAGAAGGAGACAAGAAGGGAAAAUUCACAGUACCACUAACGCCGGUCGUAAGUGACCCUGUUUUCGACAAAAAAACGGCCUCCGACCUAGUCAUCGUCAAGUUGUCACACUGUGUGUGUCCCGCUGACGGAGACAGGACAGAAAUCAUUCUCCUCUGUGAAAAGAUAACAAAAGAAGAUAUACAGAUCCGAUAUUACGAAGAACGCGACGGACUUCUAGUCUGGGAGGAUUACGGCGAGUUUCAACCGGCUCAGGUCCACAAGCAGGUUGCGAUCUGCUUUAAACCUCCCAGGUAUCACAACACCGAAAUCACGGAUCCGGUAAAAGUGUUGGUACAGCUGAAAAGGCCGUCAGAUGGGGCUACCAGCGAAUCUGUACCUUUCGAGUUCUUACCGGUGAUAGACAGGAAGAGGAAAAGACCCAAAUUCGACAGUCUGCUCAAUCUAACACAAGACUUGAUGCUUGGUGCUAACUCUCCGUUCUUGAAUAUCAAAAUGGAACCAAGAGAUAAUAAUUUUCCAUGGACUCAAGGAGCACCGAUGGAUAUAUCCAACAUAAUGCCCUCGAACCCAAACCCCCCAAGCUUACCAACCGCCAGCGCACUUCCGCCAAUGACCUGGAACCUACCGUACACCCUACAAAACCUUCAGCCAACCCCAACCCAGCCCUCUGCUCAGAACGUAAUGGACAGCAACGGCCUGAGGAGUCUAUUGGACCUGGACUCCCACAACACGGAACUCAAGCAGAUAAACCUCAACUCAGGCGAACUGGGCUCUUUCGAAGCCGCCCUAGACGUCACACACCUCUCAGACACCCUAAACACCAAUCUCUCCCUUACCGAUAUUCAAGUCGGCGGCGAUCAGAACAUGACGGACAGUCUGACCAGAUUAGCGAACAACACGAUAGACAGCAUCUGUCAAGGAACGAAUACCUUCAAGUAGUAUCCGAUCGGAAUUUUCACACAAAAUCGGUUGAAAUUUUUGGCUGUGCAUAAUUUUUCCCUCUCGUUUCGAUGAAAUUGCGUGUUGUUCCCUGUGCGAUGAAAAUAGGUUGGUAGUUCAUCGAGGUGGAAUUUUAUUCACCUCUAUAGUAAUCGAACUGUGAAUAUUUUGUUAAGGAAAACAAGAAAAUUGCUCAUUUAGAUAUCCGAACGGCAACCGAAAAAAACAUAAUUUAUACGUAAUAAUGCUCAGUUACACACUCUUUUCAUCACAAAGAUGUCUUUUCACGGUGAUAUUUCCAAUUUGAAAUAGUUGAUUAUUGAAUUACUCGUCACCCAGUAUUUCGAAUAGAGAUCUCAUUUUUUAUGUAUCAGUUUGUAAAACGUAUCAAAUGUCUGUACUCAAUUGAACUAGAUGUGAAUAAUGGAUUCUUCAAACGCUUCUGGAAUGAUCACAAUGAAGGAGAAAAAGGAUGGAUGAAUAAAUUAUCAGAUUGUCCGCCUUCGAUGGAUAAAAUCCUCAAAUAAUCACCAAAUACAGUGAUGAUUAAGUGAAUAAUUAGUAAAAUGUACAAAGUGAACACCACUAGCACUUCUCAAUUGUUUUGAUAUAUGUAGUCUUGGUUGAUAUAUCAUAUAUAGGAUCAAAACUGUUCGAUUUGAUUUGGAAUAAUGUCAAAAUCCAACACCCGCACUCACACAUCCUCAGGUUGAGUUUGAACGCCGUUUUAAAGACAUCUUAUAGUUAUACCAGUAAUAAAAAAACCUAAUUUCACACCAAUACCAUUCAACUUAUUUGAUGUGGAACUAAUUGCAUGUAAAUAUAAUGAAAUGUGUGUAUAUAUUUUGUUAUAAACAUAAAUUUGAAGUGUAUAUAUAUUUUUUUAAUGUUUUAUGUGAUAAUUUUGAGUAUAGAAUUUUGAUACGAAAUAUAUUUUUGUUGAAGA